CCACGUGAACUUCAUGCUCAUCUUUGUACGGAGCCGACGACGCGACGGUGGUUCAGUCAGUAGACGUCCGCACAUUCGAACCGCAUCAUGACGCGAAUCCUGAUCGUGCUCUCACCGAAGCUGUUGCCGUUGCUGCUGACCGCGGUAAUGGUUCAGACUCAACAAUCGCAGCAGCAACGGCCUUUCCUCACGGAAAUAUUCCCCGAGCAGCUUGAUCAACAACAGCUCCAAUUUCGCCAGAGCCAAGUGCAGGUGCAAUUGCAGCAGGUGCAACAGGCGCUAGAGGCCCGGCCGCAGGAUCCGGGACUCCAGGAAUCGUUGCUACUGCAGCAAGACCAGUUCUUGCGCACAUUGCAGGACAUCCAACAAGAGCAGCUCGUGCUCCAACGGAGGAUCCAGGAUCGACUCAAUGGCGUACAAGUGCAACUCACACAGCUCGGGCAAGUGCCGCAACUUAUACCCGUCCCUGUACAGCAGUCCCAGCAACAGCCCCCACGAGAGGUUUUGCCACCGCAAUUCCAACAACCCUCACGAGUUGAGCCAUCCAUCAGGAAAACGCCCAAUUCCGAAGGAUCGUGUAAGACAGUUAAUGGCGAUUCGGGAACGUGUCGCCCUCUGGUUAGUUGUUUGUCAUUUUACGCUGAGCUCCCCGAAUUGAAAAAACAACCGUGUAAAUUAGCCGUUAAUGAAUUCGGAGUGUGCUGCCCCACUAAAAUCCGCAAUCCUGUUAAUCAACAAACAACGACUACAGGAGUGAUUAGAGCUCCACCACCACCAUCCGUGAAAAUACCUCCGUUUACUCCUGCACAGUUAAAUAUAGCUGCAACGAACGCAUUGCAACGAUUAAAUGAACGACGAGUCUUGGUUACUUCUUUGUUCACUAAACGGAUACUUGUGCCCUCGGGCAGUGCCGCAGCUUGGCACCAAGAGCUUUUUCCAACCACUAACGAAACGCUGUCCCAAGGAGAACAGGCACAAAAAUCAGUGGACGCAAGCGUGGGUCUCGUUAACGACUUUAAUUUGACUCGUGAUCAAGGAACGUUUGCUUUACCAAGUUUCAGUAUUCUAGAAACAGUACUUGGUGAUACAUGUCCCAGAACAUCAUUUUGUCAACCUCAUAAGUAUAGGUCAACUGAUGGAUCUUGUAAUAAUAUCAACCACGAACUUUGGGGACGAGCCAGUACGGCAUUACAAAGAAUUCUACCUCCAAAAUAUGGAGAUGGUGUGAACUCACCAAGGUCAAGAACAGCCAACGGUUCACCAUUGCCAAGUGCAAGGCAAGUAAGCGUUACAUUCACGCAGGACGUAGACUCGCCAUCUGAAAAUUACACCAUGUUAUUAAUGCAAUGGGGACAGUUCUUAGACCACGAUACGACACAUACGCCUAUAAGUAGAGGUCAAAUGGGAAGUGGAAUAUCAUGCUGCAGAAAUGGGAAAGAAAUUGAAAAUUCUCUACGACACCCCGAUUGUUUUCAAAUAGAAAUUCCUCGAAACGAUCAAAUGUUUGCACCGUUUGGUGAGAGAUGCAUGGAAUUUGUCAGAUCCUUACCCGCGCCACGUCCCGAAUGUAAUUUCGGACCCAGGGAACAAAUGAAUCAAAUCACUGCUUACCUCGAUGGUUCCAAUAUUUAUGGAUCUUCACUGGCAACUCAACAAAGUCUGAGAUCAUUUCGAGGAGGAAUGCUACUAUCACAAAAUAUCAGAGGAAAACAACUUUUACCCGGAAAUCCCUCAGAGUGUUCCGACGAUACAGGACGAUCAGCUUGUUUUAGAGCGGGUGAUGGACGUGUUAAUGAACAAAUCGAUUUAGCUUUAGUGCACACUAUUUGGUUGCGUGAACACAAUCGUAUUGCUUUCGAACUAUCCAGACUUAAUCCUCGUUGGAGCGACGAAGCGAUAUUCCAAGAAACUCGAAGAAUAGUGAUAGCUCAAAUACAACACAUAACUUACAAUGAAUUUUUGCCCAUUGUUUUAGGGAGAAGUUACAUGGCAAGAUUCGGAUUAUCGCCAUUAGAAAGUGGAUGGUCUAGAAACUACGACCCUGAACUAAAUGCUGGAAUAACCAAUUCUUUUGCAGCUGCUGCUUAUCGAUUCGGUCAUACACUUAUUCAAGGCAAUAUUCAUGGUUAUGGAAAAUUUGGAAACAUCCGAGAGAACCUUGUACUCAGCAAACAACACUUUGCACCAUUUAGUUUAUACAAAGAAGGAGCUUUAGACGACUUUAUCAGAGGAUUAUCUUUCCAGAGUUCUCAAAAUUUUGAUAGAUUUUUUACUAAAGAAGUCACUGAUCAUUUAUUCCAAGGGAGUUCAAAUUUUGGACUUGAUUUAGUAGCAUUAAAUGUGCAAAGAGGACGUGAUCACGGUUUACCACCUUAUAAUGAAUGGCGAGAAGUAUGCGGUUAUGGAAAAGCAAAAUCCUGGAAUGAUUUGGAAGAGUUUAUGGAACCACAAACUAUUACUAGGCUAGCAAGAUUAUAUGGUUCAGUUGACGAAAUUGAUUUAUAUAUUGGAGGAGUUUCUGAAAGACCAUUGAAAGAUGCUUUAGUGGGUCCAACUUUUGUGUGCAUUAUUGGAGAUCAAUUUUCUAGACUCAAACGUGGAGAUCGAUUUUUUUACGAAGAAGGAGGACAUCCAUCUUCAUUUGAUCAAGUACAACUACAAGAACUCAGAAAAAGUAGCUUAGCAAGAUUAUUGUGCGAUAAUUCUGAUAAUAUUGCCCUUGUUCAACCAUUAGCAUUUUUAAAACCAUCAUUUUUGAAUCAAAGGGUAGCUUGUGCAAGUUCUUCGAUACCAAAAAUUGAUUUAAGAGCUUGGGCUGGAGAAAAGUCUGCAGUACCAUAAAAUUAAGUCAACGAUAACUUUAACUUAAUAAUAGAAAUAAUAUGGAUACUGAUUUGAUUAUAUAUUAUACUAUAAUAAAAGAAUUAUAAAACAA